AUAAUCGACAUCAGAUGUACAAUAAAUGAUGUCAAUGCAGCACAAUAAUGGCCGAGUCAAAACACCUACUGCUAUUAUUGCUAUGGAUGAUCACUAUUCAGGUUGCUCUUGGGAAAAUCACUUUCUUUAUGCACAUAGACGAGGUGAAAAGUCCAGGAAAUAAACUCCAUGGCGGUGGGUGUUGUCAGGGUGUAACAGGUACUCACUGUACCAAGUUAUGUAAGCCUGUCCUCACUAUAUGUCUCAAGGACAACACUCACACCUGUAUCUCUAGUUUUACCACAACCUUGGACAUGCGUCAACAGACUGUCACAUACGGAUCUAAAGUUGGCAAUACAAGCAAUCCACAAUUUUUGGAAGUGGACAGUUGGAAAAAAUACCUUGACAAGAUAUCGGUGACUGUAUCAGAUAUGGGACCUUCAUCUACAGCACUGAUCUACCAGACCAAGUUUUCUGAUUACAGUCUUAAGAUAGGGAACAACAUACUGUCACAAAAUUGGCGACAGAAGAAAUUAGCGGCCAGCUAUUUUUUGGAUCACAAUGCUUUCUCAUUACAGAUAACUUACAAAGCGUACUGUUCUGAGGGCUACUACGGGCCAGACUGUACCGCUCACUGUCCUGGUAAUCCAAAGAAGUGUGUGGUCAACGGACAUACCUACUGUAAAAUGGGAUGGCGUGGUACUAACUGUGAUCAAGACAUUAACGAAUGCUCUACACACAAUUUCUGCAGUCAUGGUAAAUGUAGAAAUACUAUUGGUAGUUUUCACUGUACCUGUCCUCCCUCAGUGUAUGGUCGGAGGUGUCAACUUGAUGAGGAUGAAUGUUUACUGAAGCCCUGUAAUGGUGGAGAGUGUGUUAAUAAAGUCGGAAGUUACCAGUGUCAAUGUAAGGCGGGAACCACUGGUAGAAAUUGCGAAUCUUUAACGGCUCAUUCAUGCUCCGGCAACACUUGUAAUCACCAUGGAACGUGCAGUGUUCAACAUCAUAAGGCUGUGUGUACGUGUGAUACAGAAUACUCUGGGACGGAUUGCUCCGUGAGAGACUUUUGUAAAAGCAAUAUCUGUCAACAUAAUUCCACGUGUGUUAAUGGCCCAACAAAUUAUACCUGUUACUGUCCGAAGGGCUAUGCGGGUCAAUAUUGUGGACAACGACAUUGUUUGGAAGACACUUGUAACGGUCAUGGGAUGUGCUACAAUAUUAUAGGAUCAAAUCAUCAGAAUUUGGUAUGUGAAUGCUAUGAGGGAUGGUCUGGUUCCGCGUGUCAGUCUUACAACUAUUGUCACAAUGUGAAUUGCUCUAAUCGCGGAAAGUGUUUCACAGGAAAUAAUGACUUCGUUUGUGUGUGUGAUUCCGGAUUUUCGGGCAAGAUUUGUGAAUCGGCUCAGUUUUGUAAAUCUUCAUCUUGCGUUGCUCCAAAGCUAUGUAAGGAGGCCUUAAAGGGUUAUACUUGUGAAUGUCCAAAUGGAUUAGCUGGAAACAACUGUGACCGACUCGAUCAUUGCUUGAAACAUCCAUGUGGGGAUCACGGUAUUUGUGAAGAUAUGGAAACUGGAUAUAAUUGCUCUUGUUACUCAGGGUGGACGGGCGCUUUAUGUGCCGAAAUUGAUCACUGUAGAAAUGCUUCGUGUCAGAAUGGCGCUGUUUGUAGCAACAAUGUAUUUAACUACACUUGUGUUUGCCAGGACGGUUAUUACGGCUCACUAUGUGAACACCGCGACUUCUGUUACUUCAACCCAUGUAUUAAUAACGGCUCGUGUUAUAAUCAUGCAAAAAUGUUUACAUGUUCGUGUCCCAGCGAAUGGACAGGACACCGCUGCGAAAAGGAAAAUUAUUGCUAUACCACUCAGCCAUGUGCAAAUCAUGCCCGAUGCUUUCAAGUUGAAUCAAAAGUAAUGUGCCCCUGCUUAACAGGAUGGACAGGAAAAAACUGCACAGUUACAGAUUAUUGCUAUAACUCUCCAUGUGGUUCCAACGGGUCUUGUGAGAACACGGAGGACGCCUACUAUUGUAAUUGCGAUCCGAAGUGGACAGGGAAAAACUGUGAAACGUACGCCUGUGAAAACGAUACUUGUGUUCACGGGAAUUGUCGCGCCGGUAAUAAAACUCUCUAUGCUUGUGAUUGUGAGCCUGGCUGGAUAGGGUAUGAAUGUGAUAUUUUAGAUCCUUGUGAAAAUGUAACUUGUGAAAAUGGGGGGAAGUGUGAAACACUUUUAUUGACAACACAGUCAAAUUCAAACUCUUCCCUCACCGGAUGGCAAAACAUUGUCAAUACUACCACAUCGUGCAAAUGUUCCACGGGAUGGGAAGGAGACGCAUGUCAGAUAGAUAUCGAUGAGUGUCUAGCACACCACCCUUGUCAUGGACACGGUUCAUGUAUCAACACACGAGGGGGGUAUAGAUGUACCUGUGAUCGUGGUUUCUCUGGUAUGAAAUGUGAAGUGAACAUUGACGAGUGUGAAUCUGAUCCAUGCCAUAACAAUGCGACAUGUGCUGAUGGUAUUGACAGUUUCAAAUGUUCAUGUUCUUCGUUCUUCUCAGGAGAGUUGUGUGAUGAAGAUGUUGAUGAGUGUCUGUAUUUCGUAUGUGGGUCCCAUGGAACAUGCGUAAAUACGUUUGGUAAUUACAGAUGCACAUGCGCUCCUAGCUGGACUGGUCGCCAUUGUGAAAAACACAUCACGUCAUGUUCCCUUGACCCGUGUAAAAAUAAUGCAACAUGCUUUGAUGUAGAAGAUACUUACUUCUGCACAUGUGGCAAAGAAUUUACUGGUCGUCACUGUGAUAUUGAUGUUAACGAAUGCCAACUAUUUUCUCCUUGCAAAAACGGUGCAACUUGUAUGAAUACGUAUGGAUCUUUCCAUUGUUCUUGUCCAAAGGGAUGGAGUGGAGAAUUUUGUAAUGCAAAUGUAAAUGAAUGUGAAACUAAUCCUUGUCCUCAUAAUACUACUUGUAUAGACAAGGUCAAUGGCUUUGAAUGUCAGGAUUGUUCCACAUUUCAGUGUCUCAAUGGCGGGAAAUGUGUUGAUACUGAGGUAGGACCGGUGUGUCACUGUUCCGAGGACUGGACCGGUAGUAACUGUAGUCAAAAGAACUUCUGUAAAAACGAUCCAUGUGAAGUGCUCCACGUCUGUAUCAACACAAAACAUGCGUAUCUCUGCCAGUUCCACCCUUGCAAAAGUUCCCCAUGUCAAAAUAACGGCAGUUGCUUGGAAAGGGACGAUAGUUAUUAUUGUGCAUGUCAAUCGGGAUGGAAAGGGACACUUUGUGACGACAAGGACUACUGCGCAGAAAAUGUUUGCAAAAACAACGGAACCUGUGAGAAUGGAGACUUCUCCUUCCAUUGCAAAUGUGCGAACAAUUGGUUCGGAAAGCAUUGCGAGAUGUUUGACUUCUGUCACUCUGAUCCCUGUGGAAACGGUGGAAUUUGUCAAAAUAUGCUAGAUACUUAUAUUUGUAAGUGUCCACAAGGUUGGGAGGGCAAAAAUUGUGAAAUAUUUAAUCACUGUUACAAUUUACCGUGCAUGAAUAAUGGCAUUUGUAAUAACCACAACUCGUCUUACAGUUGUGAUUGUCAGCGAGAAUGGAAAGGAAUGAACUGUGAAGAAUACAAUUACUGUUUUAAUUCUCCGUGCCUUAACAAUGCAACUUGUCGAAACGAAAAAGAUUCAUUUUUCUGCUCCUGUUCACCUGGGUAUUUAGGGAAAACGUGCAAUGUCUUCGACCAGUGUCUUUCUCAACCGUGUAAAAAUAAUGGAACUUGUAUAAUGAAUCAGACCAGUUAUGAAUGUCGGUGUCAUGGCGGGUAUAUCGGAUUACAAUGCGAGAACGACCAAAACGAAUGCAAGAUGGACCUUUGCCCACCAAAGUCAUCGUGUUAUAAUAAGGACGGUGGAUACUUGUGUAUAUGGGAGAGAAGACGAAAACGUGAAUCCAUUAAUCGAAAUCAGAAACACGGUGUAUUAGAGUUGCCAUUCUCCACAGACAAGACUGACACAGAGACCAGUGUCAUCAAUGCUCAUCGUCUUCUGGAGAAAACUUUUUGUCCAUCCAACUCUUCUAUGUUUGAACCAUUAUCGCUACAUUUACAAAGGAAUGGAAAAUUUUACCUUCAUUUUAACGUACGAUGCAAGUGAUUGUCAGUCCUAUCUGAUGUUCACACAAUGACGUGACUGUGUUUUCAAGGAAUACCAUUCAUCAGAAUAAGCAGAUCUCUAAUGAAACUACUAUGCAGAGCAUAUUUAUCUAACAAUAGACAUUUAUCUAACAAUAGACAUGUACUUGAAUUUGUCAUUUAUUUGCGUCUGGUUGAUUUUUGGUUUGCAACUUGUGUUUUCAAUCAAUAAAAGAAUCACGAAAAACGGAAA